UCGUCUUUUGGGGGUCACUCACUUCCAUUCCUCUUCUUCAACCUCAUUUCUCACACUCUCCAUUCUCAACCCAACCCCUCUCCACUCUCAACAAGUAUCCCUUCUCAUAACCAACCAUGUCUCUCCUCCGCACUGCCGUUCGUCCUGCUACGCGUCUGCACUUGGCCGCUGCUCCUCUCACAAUCGCUGCCCGCCAGCUCUCCUUCAAGCCCAUCUACACCGCCGAGUCCACUGUCAAGGGCGCCAGAAACGGCCAUCUCACGACCAAGACUGGUAACCUCGAUCUGCAUCUGGAUACCCCCAAGGAGUUUGGCACCAAAGGUGGUCCAGGCACCAACCCUGAAGAGCUGCUCGGAGGCGGCUAUUCUGCCUGCUUCGGAGGUGCGCUCGCGGCCGCGGCCAAGGAGCUGAAGUUGAAGCUCGAUCCCGAGACUACGAUCACCUCCUUUGUCAGCAUUGGUCCUAAGCAGCCCAAGGGAUUCCAAUUGGCUGUCAAGUUGCAGGUUGCCAAGUCUGGAUUGGAGGGUCAGGACUUUGAUCGUGCGGUCGAGGUCGCGCACCAGAUCUGCCCAUUCUCGCAUGCGUUGAAGAACAUUGAUGUCGAGACCGUUAAGGCGUAAAAACCUUCCCCCCUCCCAUUUGAUAUCAAGAUAGCAUUUUGAAACAUAUAGCAAUUGUAACAAAAGAAAUUAAAAAAAAAAAAGGAAGUCGAUCAGUCUAUUUUCU